AUGGAGCUUGAUCCAGAACUUCCCAUUGGAAAGCAUGCUUCUAGAGUCUCCCGGGUAGAACAACAUGAUGAACAGGAAUUAGCCGAGUUUGGCUACAAACAGGAAUUGAGGAGAGACUGGGGUCUGAUGCACAAUUUUGGGAUUUCUUUUAGUAUUAUUUCAGUGAUUACUGGAAUAACGACAUUAUUCUCCUAUGGCUUAAUCACUGGUGGUCCUGGAGUCAUGUCUGUUGGAUGGAUCAUUGUAUCCUUGUUUACUUUUAUGAUUGCUCUGAGCAUGGCAGAAAUUGUUUCUGCUAUACCUACAGCUGGAGGACCUUAUUAUUGGGCAGCGCUUCUUGCUCCCAGAAAUCAUUCGGCUUUCGCGAGUUGGAUUACUGGUUGGUUCAACUUCCUCGGUCAAGUUGCUGUCACUACUGGAAUCAGCUUCGGCCUCGCAGGUCUCAUCUCAACAACUGCAACAAUAAAAUCAUCAUAUAUUCCUAGUGCCCCGAGAACAAUCGGUAUCUAUGCAGCUGUACUCAUCUCCCAUGGUAUCGUCAAUACCUUUGGUGUUCACGUGCUGAGAUAUCUAAACAAUACAUCUAUCGCGCUUCACUCUUUAGGCGUAACUGCAAUAGCUAUUGCAGUUCUCGCAAAAGCCCCUACGCACCAAAGCGCAAAGUUUGUUUUCGCCAAAUUCUACGAUGGGACUGGUGUAGAUCCAAGUCCUGGAUGGAGCGUCAAGGCAUCCCCGGCGUAUGUUGCUUGCUGUGGUGUUCUCAUGGCUCAAUACACACUUACUGGUUUCGAUGCCUCCGCCCACUUGUCUGAGGAAACUCGAAAUGCAUCGUGGAGUGCCCCUAUUGGCGUUAUUUCUUCCGUUGGAUUUUCGGCCCUUUUUGGAUUCUUCGUUAUUUUGAGCUUCUUAUUCAGCAUCCAAGAUUUUGAUAAUACAAUUACGAGUGAUUAUGGCCAACCAGUUAUUCAAAUUUUUGUGGAUGUGUUCGGAACGGAUGGGGCCGUUGUGCUCAUGUGUCUGAUUAUGAUUUGUGUCUGGCAUUGUGGGCUUUUUUCGAUGACUUCCAACUCGAGAAUGAUGUUUGCCUUUGCCAGAGAUGGUGGGAUUCCGGAAUUCUUUCACAAGGUUGAUGACCGCUUUCAAUCUCCCAUCCGAACCGUUUGGCUUGCAGCAACUCUAGCCUUUUGUCUAGCACUUCCUUCUCUGGGUUCCAGUGUAGCUUUUGCUGCGGCUACUAGCAUAGCUACUAUUGGUUUGUAUAUCUCAUACGGUACCCCGAUUCUCAUCGGCCUCAUUUAUUCAAAGGAGUUCAAAGCUAGGAAGGGUCCAUUUAACCUCGGGCCUUUCUCGAGACCCGUCGCUUUCAUUUCUGUAUCCUGGAUCGGUUUUAUUACUGUGAUAUUCUGUCUUCCUACAACCAAUCCAGUGACAAGUCAGACUGUAAACUACACAGUGGUGGCUGUGGGGAUCAUUGCAAUCGGCGCCUGCGGAGCAUGGGUGGUAUGGGCUAGGAAAUGGUUUAUAGGACCUAUGGUCGAGAUCGAGGCUGCUGCGCGCUUGGGUAUUAAUCCUGAAGAGCCUGGCGCUUUAGAGAGAGCGGACGUGGAUGGGAAGGUUAAUCUACAUGGCGAUGUGAAGAGCUCGGAUUAG